AUGUCAGACAACCAAUCAAUUUCAAGCAAUGGACACCCACUGAUUUUAGCUAAAGAUAUAAGGGAAAUACUCUUAAGGAGGUACGCUAUAUUCACAGGUGGUCAUGAUAAGGAAUUCCGCUCCCUUAUAAUUUUCCAAGAUCGCGGUUUAGAUGGAUUAGGUGACGAUUCAUACAUUUUUCUUAUGCAGUAUUUUUCUUCAUUAUCAGCCAGAAUGCUAACAUGUGUUCAAGAGUUUACUGUCAUUAUUGAUAGGCGUACUGGUAAUUGGACAGUUGUCAAGUCAAUUGUUGCCAGGCUAAAUGAAAAAUUUCCAGGAAACUUACAUCAAAUAUUUAUUAUCAAACCUCAAGGUUUUAUGCAAAGCUUUUUCUUGGAGAAAACAAUAAACUCAAUUCUUGAAGGCUGUAAAAUUCCAUUAAUUUUCGUCGACAAAACUGAAGAAUUGCUUCCUUUCAUAGAUCAACAACAUUUGACAAACGACUUGGGUGGCGAACUUAAUUUUGACAUUGAAGACUGGCUUACCAACAGGAUAAGAUUAUUUAGUGGCACUUGGGAGUACCUUGAGUUGGAUGAAAGUACAAGGAUGUCAGACAACCAAUCAAUUUCAAGCAAUGGACACCCACUGAUUUUAGCUAAAGAUAUAAGGGAAAUACUCUUAAGGAGGUACGCUAUAUUCACAGGUGGUCAUGAUAAGGAAUUCCGCUCCCUUAUAAUUUUCCAAGAUCGCGGUUUAGAUGGAUUAGGUGACGAUUCAUACAUUUUUCUUAUGCAGUAUUUUUCUUCAUUAUCAGCCAGAAUGCUAACAUGUGUUCAAGAGUUUACUGUCAUUAUUGAUAGGCGUACUGGUAAUUGGACAGUUGUCAAGUCAAUUGUUGCCAGGCUAAAUGAAAAAUUUCCAGGAAACUUACAUCAAAUAUUUAUUAUCAAACCUCAAGGUUUUAUGCAAAGCUUUUUCUUGGAGAAAACAAUAAACUCAAUUCUUGAAGGCUGUAAAAUUCCAUUAAUUUUCGUCGACAAAACUGAAGAAUUGCUUCCUUUCAUAGAUCAACAACAUUUGACAAACGACUUGGGUGGCGAACUUAAUUUUGACAUUGAAGACUGGCUUACCAACAGGAUAGAUAUUGAAGAAUAUUUUGAAGAAGUUGAACAUCUAUACUCUGAAUUGAAAAGCAUCAUGAAUCAGUGCACUAAUCAAAACUAUCAUCAACAACAGGAUCAUUAUUGCAACCCAAAAUCAAGAACUUAUCAUUUAAACCAAUUUUAUAGUUGUGAAAAUAUGCUCGAAUUACGUAAAAAAUGUCAUCAUUGGUUACAUCGUGUUUCUCACUGUGAAGUAAAGGGUUUGAAAAUACGUGAAAAUCUACUUAGGAAAAAUUCAAAUCAGUCAUGUACAACUAUACAAGAAGAAGCUACUACAAUAAAAUGUGAUACAUCAUCGAAAACGGGGACAUGGGCUAAUGCAAGUGAUGCGUAUGACUUACCAGUUGAUUAUGUCUUUCAUAUAAUUACUUUUGAUCGUAUACUCAUUAGGUUAACUGAGGCUCGUACCGAAUUAAGACAGUACUGGCGUGAAUACAUGAAACGAGUACGUGUUGCAUUUCUGAUUGAUGAUGUUGAAAACCAAUAUUACGAAUUUACUAAUCUUGCCAGUACAUGGAAUAAUCUCAUUGAAUCCCUAGUUGAUUAUUUACCAAUUAAAAUGUCCAACUCCUCCGCUUUAUCUCCAGUACAUCAACAAUAUUAUAAUCAAUCAUCAUUAAAAGAUGAUAAGGAGAACAGUUGCAUUCCUAAUAAUAAUAAUUCAUCAUGUUCCCCUUCACAUUUCAUCAUACUUUCUGCAUUGAAGAAUGAUGAUGAUGAUGAUGACGAUGAAACGGAUACAUCGUUAAGUAAAACAAUAUUGGAAAGUUUAGAAUUACUAUCUUGUCGUAUAUUGGAAGCGGAAGCCACUGGUAAUCGAUUAUUAACAAGAUUGAAAGAAUUAGAUAAGAUUGCAAGCAAUUUUAUUUUAUUUAUAAUUGAUAAUGUGGAAGAAAAAGGAGUGUUACUAAACAAUUCUGAUGAGAAAGACAAUUAUCAAGCCUCAUUUCUCUGUUGUGAUGUAAAUCGGUUGAUCAGUGCAAAUUUAGUCUCAAAUAUUAUUUGUCCAGAUUUGUCAAUAAAAUUAAAUGGAAGUAAUCAACAAAAUGAUGUUAACUUAAAUACCAGUUGCUUAUCUCUAUAUUCUGGAGAAGAUGAAUCAUCUAACCCUGUUAUGUCUGGUGAAAUUAAUCAUAGUUCUAAUGAAAAAACUGAUGAAUCUAUGCAACAAUAUUUUCUUCCUAUCAAAUUUCCUUUAAAUGUUAAGGAAUGGUCUGUGCUAUUUAAAAAUAUGAUUGAUUUAGCUAGUAUAGAUUUACCAAAAGCAGCUGAUCAAAUUAAUCGUUUGCUACAACUCUACACAGAAAUUGAUAAUGCUGCUUCAUGGAUCAAAGAAGGUCAUCAUUUAUUGAAGAGAGUAACGCCACCGAAUAAGCUUACUACAAUGAAUUUAGUGGAAUGCCGGUCACGUAUGGAUGAAUUGAUUACAUUCACUUCUUCACGUCAGAGUAGAUUAGAGUUGCUUCGAAAUCCUAAACUGUUUCAUUCACGAUUAGUUGGAUUAUUAGACGCUGAUUUGAAGAGUCAUUUAAGUAAAUUAUUAAAACAAGUAGAAGAUUUAGCACAAAAUUGUAAUCUUGCUAUUGCUUCAAUUCGUCAACACAUUUCACGAACAAGUUUUCCAAGAAAUCAUCCCAACUCUCAAUCUUUUAAUAAUAGUACUAAUAGCAAUGACAGUAUUUUGACUAGUCCCGGGACAAAUUCACCUAUUCAAGAAGCUAUUGAAUCAGAAUCAUCAUCUUCAGAAGGUGUUAACGACCACAAUAAAAAAGUAUCCAAUCCCAUUCAAGACUCGGAUUUAACUUCAUCAACUCAGUUGUCACGGUUAGAAUCUCCGACUUCAUUAUCAACUCCGGGUAAACGAUAUCAAUUAGCAUGGAAAGAACUGGUAGAUACAGAAAAAUCCUAUGUCAAUUUUCUACAGCAUGUCUAUGAUGUAGUAUGGUUAGAUUCUAUUGAUAGUGCUAAUAAUAACGAGCUGGGGACUCGUUCGUAUCCACAGCCAACAUUUAUGCGUGAUAAUCAAAAUCGUCUUUUGUGUAAUUGGCCGGAAUUAUUACAUUUUCAUAGAGACAUAUUACUACCGCAUUUAAUACAAUGCAAUGGAAAUGCAGGAAAACUUAAAAAUUGGGUAUCUCAAAUGGUCCCAUAUCUGGUAGACUUAUACACAAUUUAUUGUUCGCUUCAUGAUUGUGCAGUUCAGCUCGGCGUUACCCUUGAAAAAGAUCGUAUUUAUUCUAGCUGGUUAACUGCAUGCAAUGAAGAGGUUUAUCGGAGAGAAAUGUCAAUAACGAAAAUGAAUGGUAAUGAGUCUUCUUCUGUACCACCUACUGAACUAAAUCGUCCUAUAUUACUGUUUAGUUCUCGUCUUGUGACACCUGUACAACGUUUUCAACGAUAUCAUUUACUAUUGGAUAGACUUGUUCAACAUGAAACUAAUGAACUUGACCGCUGUGACCUACAGUCGGCCCAUAAAGCUAUUUUGGAAUUAUGUGAAACAGUGAAUAUUGCUAUGCAACUUCGUGGUUUAUCGGUUCGUCCAUCUGCAUUGGGCCCAUUUCUAUUGCAAGGAGAUUUUACGAUAUCUCGUGAUGAUGUACGAUUUAUGCCUAGUAAACAACGUCAUGUUUUCUUAUUUACAAAUGCUAUAUUACUCACUAAAUACCGUACUUCACCAAAUUCAAUCAUACCUGUUUUGAUUAAUUCAAGUACAGUGAUAAAUUCUGCAAUUUCAAAUAUAUCACAAGAUCAUUCUGUUGAUUCAUAUGAAAAAUCUACAACUACUUAUUCAGCAUACAAUCAAUCCAAUAAUGCAUCAGGCACAACAUCCAAUUUAUUGGCUUUCACUAAAUCACUUACAUCUAGCAGUGGAAACAAUAGUAAUAAUCUUACUCUAACUAAUAUCCCGACUUUUACUUCUCUUCCUUAUUAUGAGAUUAAACAAGAAUUAGAGCUUUCCAAAAUCGGUUUAACUCCUCAUUUCCAUGGGGAUCGUCGUCGGUUUGCUAUAUGGACUGCUAAACGUGCAGUCACUUAUAUUUUUCAAUCAUCUGAUCCUGCUAUCAGAGAUACAUGGGUUAAAGCUAUAAAUGAAUUAUUAAUGGUGCAACUACUUCGUGAUCGUUAUAAAGUUCUAAAUAAUACUGAUACACAGAGUGCAAAAAUAUUAAAUACUGGAGAACUCUGUUCCAACUCAAAUAUAUCUGAUCGUAGUAAAAGCUUACCAGUUAGCAGCAAAGCAUUGUCACACAAAAAUCAAACGGGAAAAGGAUCAGUUGUAUCAUUACCAUCUAAUUUAGAAUCAAAUUCCGGUUCAAGGUUUCCUGAAUUUGAUUGGCCUCAUUCAUUUACUACUGCUUCGUUUAGUUCUGAUACUUCAAAAGAGAAUAAUGAACAGGAUAGCAAUAUCGAUAUUAGCAGUAAUGAACAAAUAAAAAAUGAAAUUGACGACGAUGAUGAUAAUUGUCAGCUUUUGAAUGUUAAGCAAUUUUCUAUUGGAAUAUAUUCUGUAUUAAAGGAUACCGUUGAUAAAUUUCAACUAGCAUUUCGUGACUUACAGUCAUCUCAAAAACAACUACAAGAUCAACUGAUUGCGUUAGAUCAAGCAUUAGGUCGAUUAGCUAAAGCUCAAGAUAGUCCUCUGAAUCUAGAACCCUUUGUAUUGGUACUACAAGAUUAUAAACAACGAAUAUCGAAAGUACAUAAUUCUUUACGUAUUUCACAGGAUAGAGUUUUUCGUAUUCAUCAAAAUAUUCAGGCGAAGAAAAUCACUUCCUUAAAAUAA